CCACACGUCAACCCACUUCACGUCUCAACCCCUCCACUUUCUCACACAACACCGCAUAUUCUCAUCAUGAACCUAGGAAUCACCACCGUCGGCGAAGCCAAGGAAAUCCGCGGCAUGAACUUAAUAGCAGCUCACUCGCACAUCCGCGGUCUCGGAAUCGAUACCGAAACUCUCGAGGCACGUGCAACAUCGCAGGGUUUGGUUGGGCAACAGAAGGCUCGGAAGGCUGCUGCUGUGAUCCUGCAGAUGGUUAAGGAAGGAAAGAUUGCUGGUCGCGCUGUUCUACUCGCCGGCCCCCCAAGUACAGGAAAGACUGCGAUCGCAAUGGCGAUGGCGCAAUCCCUCGGCCCGGACGUUCCCUUCACUAUGCUAGCCGCCUCCGAGAUCUUCUCCCUCGAAAUGUCCAAGACCGAAGCCUUGACACAAGCGUUCCGACGAUCCAUCGGCGUGCGGAUAAAAGAGGAGACCGAAGUGAUUGAGGGCGAAGUGGUAGAGAUCCAGAUUGACCGCUCGGUCACUGGCGGCAACAAGCAGGGCAAACUCACGCUCAAGACGCAAGACAUGGAGACGAUGUACGACCUAGGCACGAAGAUGAUCGACUCAUUGAGCAAGGAGAAAGUGAUGGCCGGCGACAUUAUCAGCAUCGACAAGUCCUCCGGAAAAAUCACCAAGCUCGGCCGCUCAUUCACCAAAUCCCGUGACUACGACGCCAUGGGCCCUGACACGAAAUUCAUCCAGUGUCCCGAAGGCGAGAUCCAAACCCGCAAAGAAGUGAUCCACACCGUCUCACUACACGAAAUCGACGUGAUCAACUCGCGCACGCAAGGAUUCCUUGCGCUCUUCUCUGGCGACACGGGUGAGAUCCGCUCUGAGGUCCGCGACCAGAUCAACACCAAAGUCGGCGAAUGGAAAGAGGAAGGAAAGGCCGAGAUAGUGCCCGGUGUUCUCUUCAUCGACGAAGUACACAUGCUCGACAUCGAAUGCUUCUCCUACAUCAACCGUGCGCUGGAGAGCGAACUCGCACCCAUCGUGAUCAUGGCCAGCAACCGCGGCAACACCGUCAUCCGUGGAACGAACUACCGGAGUCCUCACGGCCUGCCGCUCGAUUUCCUUGACCGCGUACUCAUCAUGCCGACGUUCCCGUAUAGCCCCGAUGAGAUCCGGGAGAUCCUUGGUAUUCGCGCCCAGGAGGAGGAGGUCACGCUGUCUCCCGACGCGUUGGCGCUCUUGACAAAAAUCGGACAGGAGACGUCGCUUCGGUACGCCAGCCACAUCAUCACGACAGCCUCGCUCGUCGCCACAAAGCGCAAGAGCCAGGUCGUCGAUGUGGCCGAUGUGCAACGAAGCUACCAGCUAUUCUUCGAUUCCAACCGGAGCGUCAAGUUCCUGCAGGAUUACGAGAAGCGGUUCAUCGGCGAGGAGGGGAAGGUCAGCCUCCACCCGGCUACGGCCGGUGGUGAUUCUAUGGAUAUUUCAUAAGCGUGUUUUUGUAUCUUCUUUUGCUAUAUCUCGUUUACGUUCUGGGAUGGCGCCUGUUUUUCUGUCUUUCGUCUUGUGUUCUCUCACCGCAGACUUUUGAGUGGUAGAGAAAAGCUGAGAAUUUGUACUUUAUAAUGAAAAUGACAGUACCAAUCACUCGUGCUCUCACUUUUCAAACUCUCAGAAAACAGUCCAUGUACUCCAGCUAAAUAAUGUGAUCUACCGAAUUACACGCUCCAGAACGUAAGGGACAUAAAAUUAAAGAGAAAAAAUCCGUUUUUCUUUUUAGAUAUAGAAAGCGUCUCUAGAAGCAGAAAACCUGGUGGUCGAGCUUGGAAACGGGCUUCGCCGGCUCGAAGCCGAGCGCAGUGGUAGCCUUCUUCAUGGCGCUGACCAUGGGUGGAGGACCGCAGAUGAGGACCUUAACGUCCUUUGCGGGGCCGGGGCACCAGUCCUAUUAUUCCAUUAGCAUUAGCAAAAGGAACU